AUGUGUUCUAAUUCUGAUCAUUUCCGCAUAACACGUAAGGAAUUUAAACCAAUCAAGCGAUCGGGAUAUAAGAAUGGUGAUCCAUAUAAAAGCACCUCAAGAAACGGAAGGAAUAAUGUCAGAACAAUAAUUUCGUACGAUAAUUCCUCGAGUAGCAGUGACUCCGAAGAUGACUACAAUGUCAGCGACGACGACAAAGAAGAGUCCUACGAAUACAUCAGCCUGUUCCAAGUCUGGAUGAACUUUCUGUUUCCCAGAGCGUUUCGCACGCAGCCCGUGGACCGGUGGAUCAAGUCCGCGCAGUCGGUGUCGAACUCGAAUGAGCGAAGCACCGGGAAAAUAUUGUCACCGGUGGGCGAGUGCACGUUAUUCCCGAAAGGAGUGUUCGUGCAAUCCACCACGGAGAAUGAAGUGACAGAAAUAUAUUUUUAUGGAGCCCGAGAAAAGUUCAAGGCUUCGAGCUCCAAGCGAAGUCAUAAACAAAUAAAAUAA